CUUUGAUUUCGUCAUUUGUGAGAUAUCAACAAAGGAUGUGUCCAAUUUCCGUUGCGUAAUUUGUGAUUCCUUUCUUUCUUCGAGACCGAUAUCGAUAUUAGUUCAUCGCUCCUUUAUUUUUUGUUUCAAUUUUUAAUAAUUAUGUCCUAUUUUCUUUUAUAGUUUCAGUCCACUCAAAACUUCAUUGUAAUCUGUUGGGUAUUCUAACCUCUUCUCACUGAUUUCCCAUUCCUCACAGUAUUUAUUGCCGAUAACAUUAAACCGUCAGUAUGCUAAUCAAGCAACCCGAUCUCAAACCUCAUGAAAAUAAUGGACUGUUCUUUGAAGUAGACCUGAAAAAACCAGAGAUGGAUAAUAAACCGAUCCGUAGGGCUGUAUGGCGUAGUCCCACAUUUAUAGCAGCCACGGUACUUUUUAUUCUCACUAUGAUAAUCCUCUUACUACCAUACUUGCACAUUCAAGAUUUGAUUGCUAAUUCUGAGCUUCAAGGACUUGUAGGUUGUGAUGCAGCGUAUGAUCCGGCAGGAAGUUUCUCUCCUGGUUGUCGGGGUUCGUUGGUUGAAUCUAUUCCAGUUGGCUUAACGUAUGAUAACAAUUCAGUCUCCUUUCCAUCAACUUUUGAAACAUGGUACGAUAUGAUUGAAAGAGCUAAUAGCACUAUUGACAUAGCCUCUUUCUAUUGGUCUCUGCGGAAUGAUGAUGUCAUAUCAGAGCCUCAUCCAUCUUCAAAACUGGGUGAAAUGAUUUUUCAAAGUAUCAUUAGAAAAGGUCAACAGAAAAAUGUCAAGAUUCGAAUUGCACAGAAUCUCCCAAAUAGCAAAUCAUCAAACUAUGACACUGACUUUCUUAAAGAGCAAAAUCUUGCUGAAGUCCGUCAUUUAGAUUUCUCAAAGCUGGUUGGAGCAGGAAUCUUACACACAAAAUUCAUCAUUGUCGACAGGAGAGAGUUUUAUCUGGGCAGUGCAAAUAUGGAUUGGAGGUCACUCACGCAAGUUAAAGAACUAGGAAUUGCAGUACGCAAUUGUCCUUGUUUUGCAGAAGAUCUGAGAAAAAUAUUUGAAGUUUAUUGGACUUUAGGUGAGGAGAAUGCUGUUGUACCCCCAGAAUGGCCACGUUCUUUAGCUACUAUCUACAACAAAGACACUCCGUACCAGUUCAACUUAAAUGGCGAUUUGUACCCAGCGUAUCUCUCUAGUUCACCUCCCAUAUUUUGUCCAGAGGGCCGAACAUGGGAUGUAGAGGCUGUUAUAGAUGUAAUACGCGGUGCCAAGAGGCAUAUCUACAUUGCUGUAAUGGAUUAUUUGCCAUUAUUCGCAUACUCCCGAGACGCCAAAUUUUGGCCUGUCAUAGAUGAUGCUCUGAGAACUGCUGCUUUGAAGAGGGUUGAGGUGAGGCUUUUAAUAAGCCAUUGGAAUCAUACUCGCAGUGAAAUUAAAUAUUUUUUGAAAUCUCUAGUUGAUUUAACUGGCAUCAAAAAAAAUGUUGUGAUCAAAGCAAGGUUCUUUCAAGUGCCAAGCACCGAUGAAGAAAAGAGAAUCCCAUUUUCACGUGUCAAUCAUAACAAAUAUAUGGUUACCGAUAACGCUGUAUUCAUUGGAACAUCAAACUGGUCAGCUGAUUACUUUGUCAACACUGGUGGUGUGAGCUUAAUAGCCAAGCAGAAGCCUGAUGAUGAUCGGUCGGGAAGUCUCAGAGAUCAGUUAGAAUCUGUCUUCUUAAGGGACUGGGAAUCGGAGUAUGCUUACGACAUCGAUACAGUUAAUGGAGCCGCUUAACCAAAGAAUGCACCUAUGAUGUCCUUGGAUGAACACCGCAAGUGACCUUUAUUCAUCAUUGUUUGUUCCUCGAUAGAUAUCUGGCAUCCAUAUUAUUUUUUAGAUUUCAGUUUAUUUUUUUUCUUUGUUUUGAGUCCAAAAGUCAUGUUCCAAGAAUGGGUAUUAGUAUGAUCUGUUUAUGAAAAUAAAACUUGAUAGCAAGGUCAGUAAAACGGGAAACAUUUACUACGGUACAUCAGAUAUACAGCAAGUUUAUGUUGUCAUGAAAAUUGAGUGUUUGAGGCUCUUAAUUGGUAGGCUGAUUCUUAUAAGAAUUUAGCUCAUUUUAUUUUUCCUGAAAACUUUUUCAGAAAUCGUAAACUGUGGUGAGAAUCUGGUAGAAUAUCCGUGUAGAAAGAGUAUGGACAUGCUGGUAAUUUUGGAGUUUAGGUCAUGGAGCCGAUAGGGUCCAAAAGAGCAGCAAACCGAUGAACUUAAUGUAUCCAGAGUGAUUCAUUAUUACAAUUGUUACGACCUGUCAUUUGUAAAGCAAGCAUUUGACUCAGCUUUUCCAUAAGUUUAUUCACUAUUGCUGAAGGUAGCUCAUUUAUGAACAUUCUUGGCCAUCUUGGUUUGAUAUUGCGAUCUGAAGAUUGGUAGCAGGAUUUUUCUAGUGCUAGUGCCUGGAGGUAGGUUGGCUGGCCUUUGAUGCCCUAAGAGCUCCAUGUUUUAAAAUGUCUAUUCGUUCCUUAUACAGAUCUUCUAAAAUGUAGUGUAAUAAAAAUCUUAACUGGCAUGAUUUGUUAAUCAGUGUUUGAAACUCGGCAUGAAGUCUUAGCAGCCAUUUGGCCUGCAACUUUUUUUCUUAGGGGCCAAAAUGAAAAAUUGCCCUUUCGAAAUGUUUUGAGUCAGGAAUACGCUGAUAAAUCUCAAAAACGGAGUUUAACAAUGAUUUUCUUAGCGGCCAAAAGCGAUUUCUUACCGGCAAAUUUCUGUUUGGCCAGCGUGCGUUUCAAACACUGUUGGUCAAUGCAUCUUAGCGUAGUAUCAGUAGAAGUAGUCCACCCAAACUGUCCAUGGAAAGAGCUGUGGUUUACAGUCAUCAGAGGUAGCUGUUCGUGAAGUAUUCCCCACAUGGCUUAUGAUGCUAAAUCCUAAUCAACUUUGCUCAACAUAUUUUUGUGCGUUUUUUAUAUAUUUUGAUUUACUUUUUACCUCUGUUUAAAUAUUGUGGCAAAAAGAGACCUUUAGUCUGUAUGGAUUUAUUUUGUGCGAAAUAUUUAGUGAAUAAAUUCCUGUUUGUUGGUGAGGAUGAAAAGUGUUAGCAAGAAUUUUAAAAUAUUUUUUUGUAACUUACUGUUUAAUUCAAUUGUUCUAUCAAAAAAGCAAAUAUCAUGAGGGUUGGUCAGUGAAGAUUGGUAUUGCCAACCCGCCAAUGAGUAAUGAUACUAACUUAAUUGAUAAAACAGGUGAUGAAGCUGUCUGUAAAUUUACAGGCCACAAUGCAGAAAAUUAUUGGGAUUCAAUCGACUGUGACUUUUUGUAAGCAGCAGACUCUUUCAGCUCUUAUAAUAGCUUUAUGGACUGACUCAUCGAUUUUAGUUUUUCAUAUUGGUGGUUUGAUUGUUUGAUAAAAGGCCCAAACGAGUCCAAAUUGCCAGGAAGCCCCGGUUUGUCUGUAUCCAUGAUCUAUGUGGUUGCAGUUUCGGAAACUCAAUGCCUUACUGCAGUUGAAUUAUUUCAUUAUUUGUCAGUGAUUGGUAGCAGUGCUCGAACCAGAUUUUAUAUAAUCAUUUUAAUCUGACGUAUUUGCGCACAGAACACUAGACCGAAACGAAGUGUGAGUGCAUAGUUGUAAAAAAUCAAAGCAAAUCAGGGUGAUAAUCUUCCUCUUUGCAAGUCUUCUAUGCAGUCACUUUUGAUUGAUUCCGACGAGUUUGUGCAUUUUGGUCUGUGAAAUUGUAGAUUAAUGUUCUAUCACCUACCCAGUCUAUGAUCCGGCUUAGCCCAAGUCCUUAUUGAACAGUCAUCAUACUUUUCUGGAAGAAUGUCUGGGUUAUGUUUUAUUUAAAGUAUGUAUUCUGUUAUUUUUUAAUAAUUUUUUUAUCCUUACAGCGAUAAUAUUUUUUUUAAAAUCUUCGAUGCCCUUAAAGCUUCUAUAAAUGGGUCCUUGGAACUACACAGAGGUAUACCUUCUAACUCUUCUCCAUAAAUAUUUUACGUGAGAUAGGGUAACGGAACAUAAGCUCAACUGUGUGGGAAGUAGUCAUUGUAGCCGCAUGAACACCAACUGUUAAGUUAAGAAUUACAAAUAUUUUUCUCUGUAUUUUAGGAGUCCAUUGCAAAAGACAGAAUUUUUUAUGAUUAAGGGUCUCCAAUCAGUUGGCAAGUUUUCUCUUUUUUUUGCCAGAAAUUAGCUUGUAUUCUUCCGCCCUCUCGUGAUUUUAUGCAACUGUCUUUAAGUCGCUAAACUAGUAUUUUAGCUUUAAUCAAAGACAUAAAUACACCCGCAUCCACUUUUAUAGUAUCCCUAUGCUUAUUUUUCCUCCUUUUAAAAAUUUUUUUGUACCUUCGAAAGUGAAAAAAUUAUAAUUAAAUAAAAUAAAAAUACUUGUGAUAGUCAAUUUAGAUUAAUAUUCUUGUGUAAAAAUCGGAGUGAUUUCAUUUCUCUCUUCUUAGCUGUAUUAUGUUUUUAUGUAUUAAGUAAUUUGGACUGUGUAGAAAAAAACAAUAUUUUUGCCAUGACUUCUUUUAACCUGAUAAAAUUGUUAUUGUAAAAGCCAACUAAUUUUUUUUUUUUUAAUUGCAGUCUUUUUAAUUUUUUAUCGUGUGAGUGGUUUUUUUUCUUUUUUGGAAGUUAUCUAGUUUUAGAAUUUUUAUGAUGAUGAGAAUCUCCAUGAAAAAUGAACACACAGCACAGAAAAACAGCUAGACUUCUAAACUAUUAUGGGUAAUAAUGCGAUAAAUAGAAAAUACUUAAGUGAGCUCAUGUCCUGUUCAACCUCAACAGUGCAAAUCAUUCUUUGAGUGCAAAUGAGUCUCCUUCUGAUGUCUUUUGUACAGUUUUACCCAGCUCUCUUGACCUGUUGAAUGGUCAAUGAAGUGUUCUGCAAGUCUAGCUCCAUCAUGUGUGGAUAGUUACUUUUUUACAUUAUCCAUCGGUAUGUUUUAUUCAUUUUGUUCUCUCUCCUAUUUGUUACUUUUUGUUUGUACAUAUAACACCUAAGUGCAUGAAUUUUUACUAAUAAAAAUUAGCUCUGUUUGCCUUAAUCAUUGAUAAAGGUUCUCCUUCAUUUUAUAACAAGUGUUAAGAUGAACAAUUUUCUGUAAAACUGUAAACGUAUUUUCAUGUCUUUCAAUCUUUAUAAAUUUUAAUUUCUCCAAAA